AUGGGAGAGACUGCCCAGUCUGAACGAUCUGCUUCGGUAUCUCAGAAAGGAAGAGGAAGAGGUAGAGGAAUGAAUCAGUCUGAGACUUCCACUCAACAGGAAGUGCAUUCAACUACACGGGUUUACAACAUAAAGACCAAUGACGAUCACGAUGAUCAUGAGAUUAUUAUAAAUUAUGAUGUGAUAAUUGACUUUCAUCCCGAUAAAACAAAUGUGGUAGCUGAUGCUUUGAGUCAGAAAACAUUCGCAGCUUUACGAGCUCUAGAUGCAAGAUUGUCAAUGAGUGAAUGUGGUGCAUUACUUGCGAAAUUAAAGCUUAAGUCAAAGUUAUUGGACCGAUUCAAAGACUUGCAAGGUAAGGAUGAUAAAUGUUUAAAAAGGAUGGAUCAAGUGAAAAAUGAGGGAAAUAAGGAUUUUGAGAUUAGGUUUGAUGGAAAUCUGUAUUAUCGAAUGAGGCUUGUGAUUUCGGAUGAUGAGGAAUUGAAUAAGGACCUAUUGAUAGAAGCUCAUUGUAGUCCGUUGACUAUGCACCAUGGUGAAAAUAAGAUGUACAUGGAUCUUAAGAGUCAAUAUUGGUGGCCAGGAAUGAAAAGGGACAUUACGGAAUUUGUAUCCAAGUGUUUGACAUAUCAACAAGUUAAAGCUUAG